GGAAUUAAAUGGGUGGAAUGAUUAUUGAGAGUGUUCUCCCUUUCUUUUAUAAUAUUAUCUAAACUGGAGAAGAAGAGAGAUUGAUAAAAUUGGGGGGAUGUGAAUGUGAAUAUGCAGGUGGUAUCUAGUAUGGAAGCAAUUCAUCCUGAUAUGGGCGGUAUACUCCUCCUUCUUCACACCCCUCGAGUUUGGAUUCUUCCGUGGAUUGCCCGAGAACCUAUUUCUUCUCGACAUUGCUGGUCAGCUUGCUUUUCUCAUCGAUAUUGUCCUACAUUUCUUUGUUGCCUACAAGGAUACUCAUUCCCAUCGCCUCAUCUGUAGUCACAAUCUCAUCGCCAUUCGGUACUUAAAAUCUCGUUUCUUGCUUGAUUUUCUGGGUUGUUUGCCUUUGGAUGCCAUUUACAAGGCUUGUAACAGAAAAGAACCAGUGAGGUACCUGCUGUGGAUCAGGCUAAGUCGGGCUUUACGAGUGACUGAAUUUUUUGAGAGAUUGGAGAAGGAUAUUCGUAUCAACUACCUAUUCACAAGAAUUAUAAAACUUUUUGUUGUCGAACUAUAUUGUACACAUACAGCAGCAUGUAUCUUUUACUACCUGGCGACCACACUGCCUCCUGCAAAGGAAGGUUAUACAUGGAUAGGGAGUUUGAAGAUGGGCGACUACAAUUACUCGCAAUUUAGAGAAAUAGACUUGUGGACACGCUACAUAACUUCACUAUAUUUUGCCAUUGUAACCAUGGCGACUGUUGGUUAUGGAGAUAUACAUGCUGUCAACAAUAGGGAAAUGAUGUUCAUAAUCAUCUAUAUUUCGGGUGACAUGAUUCUUGGUGCUUAUUUACUUGGUAAUAUGGCAGCACUGAUUGUAAAAGGAUCAAAAACGGAAAGGUUUAGGGAUAAAAUGACUGAUCUAAUUAAAUAUAUGAACAAAAACAACCUUGGGAGGCAGAUAAGCAACGAGGUCAAGGGUCACGUGCGCUUACAGUAUGAGAGCAGCUACAACGACACUGCUGUUCUUCAGGAUAUCCCUGCUAGUUUUCGAGCCAAGAUCUCGCAGAAGUUAUAUGAGCCAUACAUUAAAGAAGUUCCUCUUUUCAAGGGAUGCUCUCUUGCAUUCAUCAAACAGAUAGCAAUUAAAGUUCAGGAAGAACUUUUUCUUCCUGGAGAAGUGAUUAUUGAAGAAGGAAAUAUAGCUGAUCACCUUUACAUUGUUUGUCACGGGAAACUGGAGGAUGUGAGAAGAAGCGAGAAUGAAGUAGAAAAAUCGAUUCUGACUUUGCAAACUUCUAGCUCUUUGAAUGAAAUUUCAGUUCUUUGUAACAUUCCAGCACCUGAUACAGUUCGUGUCGGUGAGCUGUCAAAGCUACUGCGGCUUGAUAAGCAUUCACUUACAGAUAUACUUGAGAUACACUUUUCUGACGGGAGGAUCAUUGUUGAUAACCUCCUUGAGGGAAAAGAAACAUACCUCCGUAACAAGAUAUUAGAGUCUGACAUAACACUUCAUAUUGGAAAACAUGAACUUGAGUUGGCUUUGAGGUUAAAUUCUGCUGUUUAUAAUGAUGACCUCUAUCGUGCAAAGCGUUUGGUUGCAGCUGGAGUAGAUCCUAAUAAGACAGAUUAUGAUGGAAGAAUGCCUUUGCAUAUUGCUGCAAUCAAUGGAUUUGAAGACAUUGUUGAGUUUCUCAUGCAAAAGGGAUCGAUAAUCAAUGCUACAGAUAAUCAUGGAAAUACUCCAUUAUUUGAAGCCAUCAAGAAUGGCCACAAUCAGGUGAUUUCCAUGCUUGUUGAAGCAGGAGCAUCUUUAGACAUCAAUAAUGCUGGGAAUUGUCUUUGUAUGGCUGUUGCAAAGGGGGAUAUAGAAUUUUUGAGAAGGGUCUUGGCCAACGGGAUUAAUCCUAACUCGAAAAAUUAUGAUCUUCGUACACCACUUCAUAUCGCUGCUGCAGAAGGAUUGUAUUCAAUGGCUAAGUUGAUCUUAGAAGCAGGAGGGAGUGCAUUUUCCAGAGACAGAUGGGGUAACACGCCUCUUGAUGAAGCUCGAGUUGGUGGAAGUAAGGAACUGGUAAAGAUGCUUGAAGAUGCUAUUUCGGAUGCGUGACGGUGAUCUAGUACUUAAUAUUUCUAGCUGGCAAAGGAAAGGAUAUGAGUGAGUUCAAGUUAACCAUUCUUAUUGCUUAAUGCACUCCUAUCAUAUGUUUUAGCUUAUGAAAUAUUGUUAUAUUGGUAUUCAAAUGGGAAUAAAUAUGAAACAGCAACUAUGUUGAAGA